UCUAUCCCAAUCGUAGAACAUUGCACACUAGUCACUAAAUAGCGCCGGUAUCUUACAUUAGGAUAUCUGUUAAUAAAAGCUAUCAGGUGGUAGGAGGUGCAUGCAGCACGUAAGGUUAAUACGUCCAACGUAAUUCUCAGACAUCCAGUCUUUCGCUUUCUCUACUCUGUCGUGAGUCGCUCGAUCUCAACACCACGUGCUUCUACCAAUCGUUUAAUAUUUUUUCUGAAGGCCGACAACCCAUGGGUCCCGGCUAUAUAUGAUGAAAUCAAAGCGCCCGGCAGGUAUAUUCUGAGAAAAUUAAUCUUUAAAUAAACUAGUGGGUAGGCCCAUAAUGGCUGUAAUCGCAGCAAGUGUCGUAGGAGCGAUAAAAGCAGCUGGGCUACUUUUGGUCGGUAAACUGAGUAUUUUGCCGGUGCUGAUUGCCGCUUUGGCGUAUUUCAAUUAUGACUUAAUGGACCCGGAGAACCAUCCCCAAGUGACGAAAAACCUGAGAGCCAAGUAUGAUUUCAUAGUGGUCGGUGGAGGGAGCGCGGGGAGUGUCAUUGCGAACAGACUGACUGAGAAUCCCAAGUGGAAUGUCCUGCUUAUUGAAGCUGGCGGACACGAGACAGAGAUCACCGAUGUUCCCAUCCUCUCGCUCUAUUUGCACAAGAGCAAAGUCGACUGGAAGUACAGGACCCAGCCCCAGUGGUCUGCUUGCCAGGCUAUGGUGGACCAAAGGUGCUGCUGGACCAGGGGAAAGGUCUUGGGAGGCUCGAGUGUUCUCAACACGAUGCUGUACAUCCGCGGAAACAGGCGUGACUUCGACCAAUGGGAGAGCUUCGGGAACACUGGAUGGGGCUACGAAGACGUUCUGCCGUACUUUAAAAAGUCCGAGGAUCAGCGAAACCCCUACUUGGCUCGGGACAAAAGACACCAUAGUACCGGAGGUUACUUGACAGUCCAAGAAUCUCCAUACAACACUCCGUUGGGAAUGGCAUUCCUGCAAGCCGGCGAAGAAAUGGGCUACGACAUCGUGGACGUAAAUGGCGCCCAACAAACAGGAUUCGCGCUUUGGCAAUUCACAAUGCGCCGAGGGACGCGUUGCAGUACAGCAAAAGCCUUUGUAAGGCCUAUAAGACUGCGUCCAAACUUCCACUUGUCCUUAUGGACCCACGUCACCAGAAUCCUCAUAGAUCCCGCAACAAAACGGGCUUACGGAGUGGAGCUAAUCCGGAACAACAAGUUAGAGGUAAUCUACGCCACCAAGGAAGUUAUAUUAUCAGCCGGCGCGAUUAAUUCACCGCAAUUGCUGAUGUUGUCUGGUAUCGGAAACUCGCAACAUUUGCAGCAAGUCGGCAUCAAACCUUUGGUCCAUUCACCUGGAGUCGGCCAGAAUUUGCAAGAUCACAUUGCAGUGGGUGGGAUUGCUUUUCUAAUAGACUACCCAAUCAGCAUUGUCAUGGGCCGGUUGGUUAACCUGAACUCGGCCUUGCGUUACGCAAUCACCGAAGACGGUCCAUUGACUUCGAGCGUCGGGUUGGAGGCUGUAGCUUUCAUUUCCACGAAAUACGCGAAUCAAACCGAUGACUGGCCAGAUAUUGAAUUCAUGCUGACGUCCGCUUCCGUGAUGUCCGACGGAGGAACCCAAGUUAAGAACGCUCACGGGUUGACAGACGCUUUUUACAACGAAGUUUUUGGCGAAGUCACCAACAAAGACGUCUUUGCAGUCUUUCCGAUGAUGCUCCGGCCGAAAUCUAGGGGCGAAAUCAGGCUCAGGUCCAAAAAUCCUUUAGAGUAUCCGCUGCUUUAUCACAAUUACUUAACAAGGCAAGAAGACGUCGAUGUUUUGCGCGAAGGCGUCAAGGCAGCCAUUGCCCUGGGAGAUACUGUUUCCAUGAAGCGAUUUGGCGCCAGGCUCCAUGACAAACCUUUGCCCAAUUGCAAACACAUUCCUUUGUACACUGACGAGUACUGGAACUGCUAUAUCAGGCAAUACACCAUGACUAUUUAUCACAUGAGUUGCACGGCUAAAAUGGGCCCUCCGACCGACCCAAUGGCGGUUGUAGAUCCACAAUUGAGGGUCUAUGGUGUAGAAGGACUCCGAGUUAUCGACGCGUCUAUCAUGCCGACCAUCACUAAUGGGAAUAUCAACGCUCCGGUGAUAAUGAUUGCGGAAAAAGGCGCGGAUAUGAUCAAACAGCAGUGGAUGAAGAGGUGGAAGAGGGAUAAUACUAGUUUUGUGGGGUAAUUUGGGGAGAUUUUAGGGAAAUUAUUUAUUUCAAGUGCCAUGAGGUAUUUAGGAUAAUUUUUGAAGUUGAUGGCAGUUUUAAGAGUGGAACUAAUGUGCGGAGUGGAAACCCAAAGGUGGGAGAAUUUUUGACUAUUUAUUGAAAAUAAUUUAAAUUUUUGGGAAUUUUGGGAAAAAAAUUGAUGAUUUAGAGGAUUAUUGUUAAUU